AUGCAAAAUCACUCAUUCAUCACAUACAUAUCCACAAGUGAGAGCGCAUGUAAUUUAGAAGAGGAUCAUUACUUAGAUGAAGAUCAUUUUGAAGACUCAAGCACCAUUCUUUCUCUUCGCCCACCAGGCCAGCAUCACCCUUCUUCAACCUCUAGACUCAACCCUCUUCCUCCUCCUCCUCCUCCUCAAACUAAUCAUUAUUAUGAUGAUCAAAACCCUACUUUUGAUUUCAGCCAUGACCAUGAAAGUGUAACCGUUGCUCUCACUUUAAGCAGCCCUUUCUCUAGUACUACUAACAAUGUCGACAUAGUUGAUUCUGUUUCCGAAGCUCAAUUUUGGAUUCCUACGCCCGCUCAGAUCCUUGUUGGUCCUGCCCAGUUCUCUUGCUCGGUUUGUCAUAAGUCAUUCAAUCGCUACAAUAAUAUGCAGAUGCACAUGUGGGGGCAUGGAUCUCAAUUCAGAAAGGGUCCAGAAUCACUAAAAGGGUCAAAACCAGCAUCCUCAAUUAUGAGACUCCCAUGUUAUUGUUGUAUUGAGGGUUGCAAAAACAACAUAGACCAUCCUAGGUCAAGGCCCCUAAAGGAUUUCAGAACCCUACAGACCCACUUCAAGCGAAAACACGGCACUAAGCCAUUCGCAUGCCGCAAGUGCAGCAAGCCCUUCGCAGUCAAAGGCGAUUGGAGGACACAUGAGAAGAACUGUGGCAAGCUUUGGUUUUGCAUUUGUGGGUCUGAUUUCAAGCAUAAGAGAUCCUUGAAGGAUCAUAUUAGGGCUUUUGGAGAAGGUCAUGGUUCUCAUCGAGACAGCAUGAAUGAUGGUUUUGGAAGUGGAGACGAUGAAGAUAACAAUCAUAUUGGUGAUGACGACGGACAUGAUGGCGAUGAAGAUGAUUGA